AUGGCGCCUCAAUUUUCAUCCGGGCUCAACAUGCCGAACAAGAACCCUUCGGGACCAAAGCCGGGCAACGCUUUCGGACAGAAGCGCAAGAAGAACAUUUUCGACGAUGACUCUGGAGACGAAGGCCAACAAAACGAUGGCGCAGUUGAGGUAUCUACUAUUGGUGGACUAGCUGCGUCUGCGCCGAAACCGAAGCUCUCAACGAAUGCUGGACCACCUCCCAAGCGCAAGAUGCAAUUGGGAGUUGGCGGCAAGCCUGGCGCAAAACCGCUGAAUAAAAACUCGAUCUUCGCCAACGAUGAAGAUGAAGACGAAGAGAAGGAGAAAGAGCGACAAGGAGAAGUGCGCUUCGGACUAAACCAGACACAAUCGAAGAAGCCAACGGGCCCGGGACAGGACUUUAAGAACUUGUCCGCACUACAUAGCAGCAAGAAGCAUGCCAAAGAAGCCGAGGAAGUCGAUCCAUCCAUCUACUCCUACGAUGCAGUAUACGAUAGUCUACACGCUAAGACCGACAAAUCUACGACUGUUAACAAGAGCGAAGGACCCAAGUACAUGACAAACCUAUUGCGUAGCGCCGAGCUUCGGAAGCGUGAUCAAACGCGGGCGCGCGAUCGUCAACUGGCGAAAGAACGCGAGGCUGAGGGUGAUGAGUUUGCGGAUAAGGAGAGCUUCGUUACAGGUGCAUACAAGGCGCAACAGGAGGAGAUGCGGAGGAUGGAAGAAGAGGAGGAACGUCGCGAGAAGGAGGAGGAAGAACGGCGCAAACAAAAUGGUGGCGCUGGUAUGGUCGGUUUCUAUCGGGACGUGCUUUCGCGUGGCGAAGCCAAACACGAAGAAGCUGUCAAGGCUGCUGAAGAAGCCGCACGCCGAGUCAAGGCUGGCGAUAUCGACGAGGACACGACGAAAGAGUCCGAAGAAAAGACCGAGGCUCAGAAGGCGGAGGAGCUCAAUGCUCGUGGUGCUCAUAUUGCCAUCAACGACGAGGGUCAGGUAGUUGACAAGCGCCAGCUGUUGACUGCCGGGUUGAACGUGGCGCCGAAGCCAAAGACCGCCCCAUCUGCCGCUCCAGCUGCGGCACCUCGACCUGGCGCUGGACGACCUGGUGCUGGCGCUGGUUACCAGACUGGCCGUGCCGCUCAACGAGCGCGCCAGACCGAGAUGAUCGCCCAACAGCUUGAAGAGCAGGCCCGGAGAGAAGAAGAGGCCGAGGCUGCAAGGCAGAAGGAAAUCGAAGAGAAGACUCGCAGCCGCAAAACGGCGACCGACGUUUCCAGUGCGAAGGAGCGGUACUUGGCAAGAAAGCGGGAGCGGGAGGAGGCUGCUGCAAAGGAGAAAGCUGGGAAGUAG